CUGCAUUGUCAUCGCCAUGUUGUAUUUGUUACAAUCUUCUUCAUCAGCUUAGGUGCAUCAUCUGAUGUAUCCAUCGAUGUCGGUUCUGGAGCUGCCUCGCAAUUGUUACGUGAAGCACUGCAUCAGGUGCUACGAACGCCUCGUGCGGCGCAAGUUUCUCUUCGAACACGACCUGAACCGUUACUCCCAUCAUUAGCGAAAAUUGAUGCAGAAAACAGAAUUUAUUUUGAGAAUGUGACAUUUCAGUUUGAAUCAAAAUUGAUACGUUUGAAUGCCUAUAAUGUACGCAUUCAAUCGGUCUCAACGAUCACGCCAAAUUUAUGGCCAAUGAGUUUUAGCAACGAGAUUAUUCACCUUGAUUUCUAUGUAAGUUUUUCAAAAACUACUGAAUUUUUACGGAUUUUCUGGAUGGACAAUUUGGAAAUAGAAACUCGUGUUGAGGGCAAUUUCUUCAACACUCAUUUCUGUAACUUUGAGGCUGCACGAGUUCAUGCUCACUCUAGCCACUACUGGCUGGUCGACUCUUUACUCACCCUUGCUUCUAAACCUCUGGAAAACAAUUUGGAGUAUUUAGUUUGUCCAAUGUUGAAUGACUACGCAUCUAGCGUAGAGAGUGCUACUAUAAGAAGUUUAUCUUUAUCAGAGAUAUUUCCUCCUGCAUAUCAAAGUUACUUGAACAAUUCUAACGCUUUACUGUACUACCGAAUUCGGUUGGUGGAUAUACAACCGCGACAUGCGCACAUUACUGCUCAGUUGGAAUGGGAUUUGGAGAACAUGGAAGAAACUGGUUUCAUAUCAAACUCUUCACAGCUCAACAUCCACUGGGAUAGUGACGAACGCGUAGCAUUUAUGAUCGAUGACAGUGCUGUUAAUGAACUGUUAGAUCAGAUAACCUGGGACUUUCAAUGGAUGAAUGAGCAAAUUGGUGUAAUGAGUCCAGUGCUGCCACAAUCUUCACGUGAUUUUCUUUCAACACUCUGUACUUCUUGUUAUUUCUUACUUAACGUUUGGGCUCAGGGGCCACCAGUGAUACAUGCAACAAACGGCUCGAUAACGCUAGAAAAGCGAGAUCGAAUAAACCUUCGUGUGGUUAACCCGGAAAAAAAUGCAACUUCAGUUUUUGUCUCGAUGACACUGUUCAUCAAUGCUGAAUUGCGACCUAUAAUUGACUCUGGUACGAUUCGGACAAUGGUGCAGUUGCUAGAUACAAAUGUGGUAAUGGAAGAAGGAGCAUUUCCUCCUUCAUGGACUAGUUUCGUACAAGAUCUUGUCAGAGGUAUGAUCUUGGACGUGAUGUGGCCAGAGAUGAAGAAGCAAAUAGAAGAUUUAACCUACAGUCAUGGUUUUGACUUAGCCGCUUCCUGUGGUGUGGAUCUAAGCACUGCUGAAAUCCUGAUUGGUGAAGGUCAAUUUGGUGCAACACUUUCGUUGGUGCUAUCUAAACUUGAACCGUCUCGAUGUAUCGGUGAUCUUAAAGACGCUCUACCAAAUGCAUCAAAUUUAUUUGCUCAAUCUUAG